AUGUGUAGAAGAGGAACGGCAGGCGAUGAUAUCAAAACGAGCGUCGUGCACAAAGUUGUAAACGACAUGAAAUUUUACAAGAAACCAAUUAAGACUGCAGAUUUAAGGGGCGUAGCGGUACAGUUAAUGAACAAAUUUUCACAAACUUUUGAAGAUAAAAACGAUGAUGGCAGUCGUUUAGAUAAUGGGUACAAUGGGAUCCAAAGAAAAUUGCAAGAACGCUAUAAUUAUGCGACUCGAACGUCCAAGAGAGGCGCAAAGUUCUCAGAUAGCUUAGGCUUAAAGUUGAAACACCGAAGAACAUUGGAAGCUAUACAGAUGGGAACAAUCAAUUGGCAACCUGAGGCGAUACCUGAUGAUGAAACAGAAGAAAGCGUGAAGGAGAUGAUCACAACUUUACGGAAUUUGAAUGACUUUCAGGAAGUUAAUCCGGGUAGUGAUUAUGAACAUUUACUGAAAGUCACUUACGCUAAGCAAAGAUUGUUUUUGAAUGAUAUAGUUUGGUCUCCAAAAGUGGAUGAUAUCUUGAAAACCUGGCCUGUUUUAUUUUUUCCAGCUACUAUAUUUUGGCACUUCGAAAUGCUAACUGGACUAUCACUGGACAAAUUCAACGCUAAUUUUAAGGAUAAAGUUAAAACUAUUCUUCUAUAUGGAAAAUAUAAAUUAGAUAUUCCAAUCGACAAUUUAAACGAAGAAGAAAAACUGGAAAAGGUUAUCGAUGUCGUCCAGCUUCAGUUCCAAGAAUCGGAAUGCACUUUUCUCCGUUAUUGCCCUGUAAGUAUUUAUUCUGAUAAGAUUCUUUAA